AUGGAAGUUGACCUAUACGAAUAUUUCGGCAUACCCAUCGAGUCGUCCUCUAGAGAUAUAAAGAGGGCGUAUAAGGCCAAAGCGAAAAAAUUGCAUCCAGAUAAAAAUAAGGAUAAUCAUAAAGCCAGUUCGUUUUAUUUACUUUGAUAUACUUUCUUAGAGGAGGAGUUUCAGAAAUUGAAAGAGUAUUAUGACAUUCUUUUGGAUCCCGUCCAGAGAGUAACGUCAUUUUUAUUGUGUAAUAUGAGUAGGCACAAUAUGACCUGAAAAUUAAAGCUAAACUCGCGAUUAGUAGGCGAAAUGCCGAAAUGGAUAGCGAACGUCGCAAAUUGAAGGAGCGUAAGUGAUUUUCUUCUACACUGCUUUCUAUUUAAUUUUUACGGGCGGUCUCGUUUCACCGGCAUUUUUUAUGUGGCUUAUUUGAUUUUGAUCUACUAGACCUCAUUGAAAUUGGAAGCCUGUUUAUACAGGGCCUUUUAUGAUUUGCUUAUUUUAUCACGAGUAACAGGAAAUGUACUAGAUUCUGUACUUCUGUGAAAAUGCACUUCAGUUUCUCUAAGUAAGUUUGCCUACGUCCUGGCCCUGACGACAUUUGCAAUAUUAACCGCUGUAAUACUUUCAUUCAGCUCUUUCAAAUCAGCGACCCAAAACAUCUUAGAAAUGAAGAAAUUUAUAAUAUGUGAAAACUAAUGUCCCGAUACCCGGUUAUUCGUCCAGGUAGCUAUCACUGUGACCAAAUGUGAGCACUAUGAUUUACCCCAGGCAUACGAGCACGGACACUUUUCUUGGAUAGGAUCAGUGCAGUGCGUAUGGCACGGUGCUCUAGAUUCGACUGGUUGUUUCAGUUUGAUGGAUGGAUUGCAGACUUGCUUCGUUAUCUCCUUCUAAACUGUAAAAGUCUUCCUCUUCAGCAACAAGGGUGUUAUCCGUAAUCAGCUGCUUUUGCAUAGUUUCGCUAUUACCAGGAGAUUUCACUCCUCACCUAAACUGUUAUUUCUAAACUCUUUACUUUAUUUUCUUCCCAUCGGCAUUAAGUGGGCUCCGAGUCAAACUCUAUUCCUUACAUCGCCUCUUAGUACGUCUUUUCGACUCGGAAUUGCAUGUCACAUUACAAUUUGUAAAACGGACGGCGAUCUCCCUAAUAAUAUGGUCUUUCGAGCUUCCACCUGAGUUAAAAGCGUUUUCUGCGGCUCUUAGGUGCAGUUAACGUCGCUAUUCUUAAUAUAGCACUAAAUUUCCUGACACCUUCAACCUAGGACUUAAAACAACGGACUAGUUGGUUUUCUCUUGAGCCUUCUUUCUUCUAACAUGUUUUGUGAGUUUUUCAUGAUCCCAAUUUUAAUGUAAUUCUUUGUUUACUGUGUUAACCCUCAUUAUUCAAAUCACUUUGCUAUCCUGCAAUAAUUUUUACCUCUCAUACUACCUUUUAAUCAGUUAUUAUUGAAAUUUUAUCCGAAGACUAAAGUGUUUGUGAGCCGCGCCUUUACAUUUCACGGAUUUCACAUUUGCCUAUUUAGAUUUUUUCUUAGUAGAUUUCGCUCCCACUGCCAAGAUUCCUGUUAUUUGGAUUUUUUUAUUUUUUGCGUGAAAUUUCCUUAGGACCCAGUCAGUAGCGACAGUAGCCACAACUUCCUUUUAUGUCGGAAAUCCAAUUCGAUGCGCGCCCUACCAACUUUGGUCUAGUAAACGUAAUUCACAAUAUCCAUUUUACACUAAUAUGAGGACCAACUCGAGAUUCCCCCGUCGUAGGUACCUUUCUUACUCAUCUCCGAAAAACGUGUUCAGCUUCACAAGCCUUCAGUUCAGAAAAGGCGUCAAAAGGCGUGCAGAAAGGAGUUUUUACACAUACUAAUCAGACACGGCCCACUUGGUUGUGCUUUUUAGUCUUCUUCUUCGUUCACGAAAUCUCAACUCAUCAUCCUGAAGUUUGUUUAAUUAUUUCGCCCGCACUACGCUGACUGAUAUUUUACACCCCAAACCUCCAGAAUUGGAUGCCCGUGAGCGGGAGGCUGCUGUCCGGCAAAAGGAGGCGCAACAACAUCACGAAAAGGAAAGGGUAGCCGCUCGCAUUCGGAAGGAGUGGGAAGCUCAAGUCGAGGCUGCUGCCUUCGCUGCUCGUCAGGAACGUCUUCGUCGUGAAGAAGAAGAGUCAUUGAGCGCCAAGAGGCCUUACACCGCUGCCGAUUCAGUCGUCACUGUAAGUUUCUCCUUGCAACCUCAUCAGCUCAGUUUGAUAAGACUAAGUUCGUGGUUAUAUAGAUAAAUACUCUUUAUACGCAACAUAUAUUAACAUCCCGGUUUCAUUUAGCGGUUUAUCGCAAACACCUCAUCAAGAAAGGACGUUCCGUCAAUUUCGUGUACAUUCAUACGCCUACAAAGAUGUUUGGCGCUCUGUUGUCCGACUGUACUUAAAUGAAGAAAGAACCCGAUAAUUCCAAAGAAUCUCUCGCAUAAUGGCUACACUGCUAGUGCAAAACCGGUGAUUUUAUCUAGGCUAUGGGAUGACACUUCGUUUCGUCUCACGCAUAGAAGCCUGCAUCCAGUCACCGCAUAUUUAGCUACGAAGCCCGUAAUUUUUGUACUAAACUAUUCGAGGAAAUUAUUACUAUGUUCGCGUAAGUGUCCAUAAACACUGAUGUAUCGCAACAAUAACAGCACUUCCUGUUGUUUCCUCUGCCCAUGCAACUUAUCCCAUUGAAAUUGAACGAAAUGUCUUGAUUUACGCAUUCUCCGCUUCCGAUAGCUUAAUUUACUGGGGAUUGUCUAUGUAUUAUGCGUAUCUCACCAUCACUAUCAUAUAGGGAUGACUGUGGUACGGUGGUACGGACUGUUGAAGAGGGAACCCGAGGCAGGUGAAAAACUUUCCUCCAGUUUCAAACAUCCAUACUUCCAGAGAGUCGUUUUUAACCUGAGCUACAUGACAUUUGACAUUCCCUCAGUUUUGACACACUACAGAGACCCAGUGUAUUCUGCAAUAGGUUUCAGUGGGUGGAAAAGGCAAUGCUCCUUCUGCCUGUAGACGGCAAAUCACAUUUAGGAACUAGCUUAUAGUACAUAAUUCAGUUUAGUAGCAAUUAAAUUUUGGCAGUGCACGCAGUUUCCAUACCGAUCGUGUCACUUGACCAGUAGUGGAUAUGUGGGUUGUAAACGCCGAAUAAUAAGUGUAGAACUGUGCUUCAUGUAAUCGCCAGUCGAAAAGCACGUUCAGGCCUUGUACCUCCAUGUAGUUCAGUCAGCGUAGAAAUUUCAGCAAGCCGACAAACGCCCGAUACUUCCUUUUGGGGGACCUCUUUGGUUCUUCUUUUUCGGUCGCGUCAGCUGCAAUAUGUAACCAUUGCAUUGAGCGAAAAUUCAUAAAAUUUGUGUCGUUCACUGCAAAAAAUGCAUUUUUCUUGUAGGUAAAGUGGAAUGCAAAGGAUGCCGGCCGAAGCUGCUAUAGUAAGGACUUCCUCCUGACAUGUUUGGCUGAAGUAUGUUUGAGGAUUCUUGCAAGCUGUUUUGCCAUCUCUUGUUAUACUUGUCAAAUCACCAUUUGGUGUGCAGAAUCUAAUCAACACAGAAGGAUUGCAUGCCAAGGCAAAGUGUAUCCGUUUCCUGUCUACAGCGGCUUGCACCAACAUGACCCCCUUUGACGUACCCUUUUUGUCUGUCAAAUUGAGUUUCGGCUGAAUGGGUUUCCGGUUUCAGAUGAAGUUAAUACUUUAAAGUCGAAGUGGCUUAACAUAUUUGACGUUUAAGCUAAGACUUGCCGCUUAACUAUGUCCUAACGAGGGAAUUCACUCCGUAUUUUCUGGUUUUAGUACUAUGGGCUCGAUUCGCUACGAUGAUUCAUUAAUUUUCUCUAGGCUCGCCUCUUUGAAAAAGACAAAACGCCGCCCCUAGUUUGUAAGGGCUAGCCGUUUUACUAAUAGCGAUGUCUUCUACUAAUUUUUAGCCUUAGAUUUAGAAAUAAAGCCCACUUUGUGAUUACUCCUGGGACCUCUUAGCAAGCGGAGGUACCAGUGUUAGACAAACGGUCCGAAAGUACGAUUUUUUCGCAUACCGUGGAAGCUCCAAGGUUGUCUAACUGAAUUCUUACUGACAAUCCUCUUUCACAACAUGGCCGAUUAUGGAUUCAUAAGGCAAUGAUAAAAAACACUCGUGUACACCUACUUUUCUUCUUUUUUUUUAUCUGAGAAAGUAUCUGUGGCAAAGUUUUCAUGUAAGGUGCGCAAUUUUCCUCGUCUUAUGGACAGCAGAGAUCUCAUUGUCGCCACGAGCGUCUUCUUUCGAGAAUUUUGAUUACAUUUUCAAUAACAUGUUUGCGUUUCCCCGAUGGUCAAUUUUAUUUACUAUAUUUCCCGAACAUUUUGCUGUGUAAAUGGCUAUUUUCUCGUCCGAAAUGUUUAGGCUUCUGAAUUUCCAUCUGAUAACACUUGAUCACGUUGCUUCUGUCCCGUUCAGCCGUGUCCCAGUUGAUGGUCGGGCUUGUGUUGGUACAAGCUCUCAAGUUCGUAUUUUCAUUCUCCAUAACGCGAUAUACUGUUAGCCUAAUCGUUUUUCUGAGCGCUCACGAUUGUUUUUUAAAUGAUUUUUACUCGCACGUUUGCAUUAUUUUAGUUUGGCAAUAUUACGGAUUUGGUCAUGGGAAAACGAGGCAGUGCGGUCGUCGAAUUUUCAUCCCGUUUUGAAGCCGUAAGUUCAGGAAACCUCUUAAUGCAUAACACCCAAAGUUAUCCUCUAAACAACCACUUUUUUGACGAGCUCGGCUGCAGAGAUUGACACAACGUAAGGCCUUCGUUUACGCGUACCGUGCGCAUGCUGACCCGUACAAAUACAUCACAAACAAUAAGCCUCUGGGCCGUGGCCGCCUAUCAGGCACACUCACAAUCGUAGAGAAGGACUGGCCAGAUGGAUGCCUGGUGCACGCGAACCUUAGUGGCGAUGGGGAUGUCGCAAUGGGUCUGUAGACACUUUCUAAGGAUUGAGACAGUGUCAUCCUCGGUCCAAGGUUUUUGAACCUGUCUGGUUCUUCAGGUUGGCAGCAAUUAAUUCCGAGAGGUAUCUUCUCCUGGUCAAGGAUACAGCUCGACAGCAACUUGAUCUCGCCAGCCUUCAUGGGUAAACCGAUCGAAGCUUCGAUUUCAUUCACCUGUUGAAACCACAGACUACAAACCACCAAAUCUUGACACAAGCAUGGCAACAUUGUCAACGUAGUCUAGAUCAGUCAGCCGUCGUCAGGGUGUGGACACUACACCUUCAAAAUCGUGUAGGACCUAUCCGACGAUCCAGUCAAUGGCGUAGUUGAAUUAAAAAUGCGCGACAGGGUGCAGCCCUGUCGAACAUCAGAUCGCAUAUCGAACGGUUGGGAGGGAUUUUUAUGGACGAGAACUCGCGCAAUGGUGAAGCGAUAGUAGGCCUUGAUCAGGGCGAUUAUUUUGCUCGGUGCACCAUCUUGUUCCAUAUUCUCCACGGAGACUCACGAUGGGCGGAAUCGAACGCAGCAGCCAAGUCAACAAAGCAGACGACCGUCGGUUGCUGGUUGCUAUGGUGGGAUUCUAGAAUGCGUGUUAGUGUGAACAUCUGGUCCGCGCAUCCACCCCCAACCCGGAAUCAGGCUAUGUUUGGCCUCAUCCUAGAGUCACACACAGACUGGAAUCGUCUGAAAAGAUCGGCAGUGAAGACCUUAACAGAAACAUUGAUCAGUCCUACGCCGCGGUCGUUCUCGCGCUUGGUUUUGUCUCCCUUCUCUAAAACAGGCACAAGGAUGCCCGAGCCUUAGCUAUUAGGAACUAACCCAUCUCUUCUCGCCUGCCCAAUCACCUCAUGGAGGCGGGGCGCCAGAGUGUUGACACAAGACUGUAGAUUCCAGUCGGAAUACCGUCCUCUCCGGGGGCCUUGUUGUUGUGGAGCCUUUGUAUUGCAUCGGUAUCUUCUCCCUCAAAAUGGGGUCCCACGAUACCGCAUAGGCUGGAGAAGGAUAAAACUCCACUGCAGAGGAGAGCGAGCGUGUGGUGUGUGUUGCUCAUAAAAGUUGAGAAGGUGCUCGAAGUGCUCACACCAGCGGUCGAUCUUGAUCGGGUUGCCAGAUAGCGGUCACUCACAUCGCUAGAUGUUGAGGCCUUGCCACUGAUUUUACGGAUAAUUUGAUAGAGUUUUCGAGUGUGGCCAACGUUCGAGGCCCGUUCCAUGGAGGUCGCUAUUUCAGCUCAGUAUUUCUGCCUGUCAUUUCUAGUCGACUUUGCUGUCUUCUUAUAAACUUGGCGUAAGGAGGCAUCGUUGCAGUACCUAGCCCGGGCCGUCGGGGCAGACAACUGCGGGGUUUUUCCGCCGAUCCAGUCAUUGCGGCACCGUUGGGUAUAUCUAAAAAAAUUUCAGCUGUCCAGUGGACUGAUGAUUUCAGUGAUGACCAUUGGCCACUUUCUUCCCCGUAGGCUCGAGUCGUAAUAACGGGACCGGACUUCUAUGCUCAGAGCCUCAGAACUGAGGGGUUUUUGAGGUUUCACAACAUCAAAGCGCCUCGCACGUUGCAUUUGAGGUGCAGAUGAGAGGUCAACUUUCAGGCGCGUGCAAACGAGAACGUGGUCAGACCCGUGGGCGUUACCAGUUUGAGCACCGCGCAUUAACAUGCUAUCGUAAAUCCAACUGCGGAAACUCGAACCAGCAUAUGGUUGCGCAAUAACUGCGUACUAUAAACACCGCAUCUUUUUGCGUCUGCUGCCUCUCUCAGUUACCGUUUCUGACGAUAGGUUCGAUGGUGAACCCUAAACAUUAGCCGAAUAUAAUUCUUUUUUGUCAAUCGAGUCUUCUGCAUCCCAGUAAAAUUUUGCGUUGGGGUAUAUUUGUAGAAACGGGUUGAAGUCACUAGCGUGCUGGCGUGUAGGAGAUAAGGCUUGCAAGCAGAAGAAGACAGGGAUAGCCAUCCAAACGCCAAUCCAAUACCGAUUUUCCUCGGACAUGCUUCUAAAAGUCGCACUUUGGGAGGCUGCAAACCGCCGGGAUUAUUCGGUCCUGGGGGCUGCGAUAGCUACUCUCUUCGAUGUUGCACUCGGGCCACUCUUGAAGUUUGCUUGCGUUCCUUUUGGGACUAGAUGUGUCCUAGAAGUGGACGCGAAUUGAGUCACACCUACUACAAGUCACCUCGACCCUGUCUUGCCAUUAAAGCAUCGCCGGUGAGGAAACAGGAGGUAAGGCAUAUGGUCCACAAGGUCUUUCUCGCUACAGAGCGACUCCUGUUCACAUACCCACUUCGUCGCCCGAACUGUGCUGGUCCUCAUCGAUUGCGUUGGGCGGACUAUCAGUCUCUUCAGCGACUGAUUCUUGCUAUGCCCGCAUCCGCAGCCUGAAGCAGGAUUUACACGCCGGCUUCCCUCGGACUGUUGGCCGUUGAAACUGCUUGUGCACGGUUGGCGGUUGUGGUGCUCUGUCAAAGAUGCCCACACUGUUUUUUGAUGGCCAUGUCCAGUUACUACUGGGUCGGGACCCGCUACUCCUGGAGGUUGGCGUCUAGGCGAAGUCGAGCUGAGGGAACUACUCCAAGAUUAUGAUUGAGGCACUUUGGUAAGCAAUGUAGGUGGUAAAAGUGGAACAGAACACUUUUGUGUUGAGUGCACACAGGUCAUUGUAACCCACUUUAGAGCCACUGACGCCUCUCGGGCAGGUUAGCUGGUGCGGUCUGCUCGUGGUUCAGUAGACAGAGAACUAGGAGCGGGUUUCGCAGGGCGACUGGCCUGAAGCCGAUGGCACACCUCUUAUAUGAAGGGAUUACUUAGUAAGCACCUGAGCGUUAUAUCUAGGGUUUUCUGCUCUCGACAGAUGUUCAACGCCCUUUUACACUUGGGAGUUGCCUCGCGCGUCCCAGCCAGGCUUGCGUACCUUACGCAAGUGCGCACUCAGAGGUCCCUACUCCAUUUCCGCAUCCUCAACAAGCACCAGCGUCAUAGCGGCCCAGUUUCUUUCAUAGCCUAUUACUGCCAAGGCCGCUGAUCUUAUUUGCUACGUUCCCUUAUGAACCGCAAUAAAACUUCCUCUCCCAUUUCUAUCUGCUCAGCCUGCUGCCUGUCGUUUAUUUCCUUGCCUCAGGUCGAUGCCGUCGAGAAGGCGUCGACGGAUUGCGUUGGUUAUCCGGAUAAUCCACUGCUCAUCUCUCUCGUCGGAGGCGGUAAUCGGCAGACGAAACCGCAACCCCCGCAGUCUCCUGAGCAUCCCAGUGUCGAACCUGCGACAAACGACAUCAAUGUAAGCUCCCUGCUUUGUGUUUUUAUCUCCCCCCGCCCUUGGGAGAUUACCGUUUUCUCAAAUUCCUGAUAGUCAAUGGAUGUUUUUGCACUUUCCUUCUUUAUUUCAGGGAGGCUUCGAAGACUUUGAGUCUGACAUUCUUUCACAAAUGGCCAGCUUCCAAUGA